GCAAGCUGUGACAAAAUGACUUACUCUAGAAAUCGCAGAUAUUCAGAAUACUCAUCUACCAGACGCUCUAGGUCCAGAUCUAGGCAUUCAAGGGACAACUACCACCAUUAUAGACAUAGAAGCCCAAGUCCCAGAUGGUCUGCCAGGCGCUCAAGGUCCAGAUCUAGGUGUUCCAGGGACAGCUGCCACUAUUCUAGACAUAGGAGCCCUAGUCCUAGGUGGUCAAGAUCAAGAAAUAUUUCUAGAUCUAGACCAAGUGACAGGGAUUCUUACACUCCUAUGACUUGUAGUAGUGGGAGAGAGUCCCUGGACACUCAGAGAGUCCGAGCAUUGACUCCAUUGAGAGAGCCAGUAUCGCUUCUUCCAGAUAUUGAAGACCCGCUUAUUCAGCAGCUCAGUGAGCCAGUGUUUCCUGAGUUAUACGGUACCUUGGAGCAGAAAGCGAGGUAGGGAGGACCAAGCAGAUGUUUCCCCACCGGCUAAAAAGCAGAAGUAUGUUCCCACACAGGCCAGUCCAAAUAUACACAUCAAUAGAAAUCAUCCAAACUUUCGAAGGCAGCAAGUUGAGGUAGCUAGCCAUCAAUGCAGUAUAAGCCUGGUUGGAUGUAUCAGCCUGAAAUGCAGCAGUUACCUGGUUGGAUGGAUCAGCCGUCAACACAAUGGUAGCUGGCGGGAAAGAUUAUCCAUCAAUACAGUGUUAGUCCAGUUAGAUGAAUCAACAAUUAAAGCAGUGGUAGUUUGCAGGAGAUAGAUCAGCCAUCAAAACAGUGGUAACUUGGUGUUAUAGAUUAAAUCAGCACGUACAGCAAAGGCCUGGUUCGAUCGAUUGUCCAUCAACACAGUGGUAACAAGGCAGGAUAGAUAAACUGUCGACACAGCAGGAACCUGGUUGUUGGAUAAGCAGCUAACACAAUAGUGUAGCUUAGCUGGAUAGAUUAGCCAUCAACGCAGUAGCAUCCUGGUUGGAAGGAUCAGUUAUCAACCAAAUCAGCUUGGUCGGAUAGAUUAGCCAUCAACGCAGUAGUAUCCUGGAUGGGAGGAUCACCCGUCAACCAAGUCAGCUUGGUCGGAUAGAUUAGCCAUCAACGCAGUAGUAUCCUGGAUGGGAGGAUCACCCGUCAACCAAGUC